UGGAAUCUGCCCGAUUGCUUCACCAGACAUUCUUCGCAUCGCUCAAGACCUGUGGACACAGUCUCAGCUUCUGGAGCUUCGCCAAGUCUUCAGGCGGUUCAUCAGUUUCAGGCAAGACACCAUGGAGACUUCUUCGAGGGAAGACGUUAAAGGAAACGCGGUGGGUGCCAAGAAGCCUCCGAAAGAUCCUCAAAGUGUCAAAGGACGAAAAAAUCGUCCAAUGGGUCGCCCGCCAAGACCUUCUUCAAGUUCCACAACCGAGAAAACUUUUAAGGAGGCACAGCAAGUGCAAGGGAGGGCGAGAAUGGUGCGGUCAACAGAAAGGCAUUCAGGCAUUGGUAGCCAGUUCGAGAUACCUUCGGGUUUAGGAGUGGCAAGAAGAGUUGAUGAUCCUGGUCGAGAGGUGCCUAAAACGCCAAAAUUUAACCAAGAGAAGGCAAUCGUGAGCCGGAGUAGUAGAUAUCCUCGACCGGCCGGUGUUAGUACUAGCAACGCCAUGGCACGGGUUAGGGAUCCAUCUUUAGGGGCCUCGACUCUGAACAGAAGCAUUUCACAGCCGAUGGGUUCUGAGCAGAAGUUUGCGGAGAGUGUAGCGUUUGCUGGGCAGCACAGCGAGGGUUUGAUGACCGCUAGUACCAGCUUCACUCCCAGCAGUGUGUCCGGGCCGCUUGUACCGUACAGAUCCGCCGGCGACCCGUCUCAAAGUCCCGCUCAGGACUCCUUUCUGACCAAGUUUAGGCAGAAGUACGCUCACCUGCUAGGCCGCCCCAAACCUUCUAUUGCCAAAAAGGAAGAAAUCUCUCCUAGACCACAAAGACGACUGGUUUCAACAGGUCCCACGGUUGGCUCAUUCAAGCCUAUCGCAGCCCCAGAACUUAGCAGUGGAGUACUGCUGCCACGUGGGGAGUUCGCGCAAGGAUACGUGGAAACGGAAUCUAGAUAUGUACAGGAAUCCUCUGAUGAAGAGGUAGUUCUAGCGCCGGGGUCUGACGUAGAUCUAGAGGAAUAUGCGACGUUUGCAGCCGCAGAAACUGACGAAGACGUCCCAACAGAGACGCCGCCGCCUGGGGGUUACGUCAACGCCUUGUACUUGGAGACGCCAGCAGCGUCUAAGUCAACUCCUGACAGGAGCACUUUAACCUUGUCCGUGGACGUGAAACUGACCUCCCCUACGUCCCCCGGUGACCCCACCAUGCGAGUCGCCGAGUCGCUCUUCCAGGCCAACAUCAAGGACGAACAGAGGCGACAACUUCUCCGGAAAGCCUUGGCCAAAUUCCAGGGCGUCCUGACUUCCGUCGGCAGCGGCCGGGUCGGUCUUCACUUCUUCACGGUGGAACACCUGGACAACUUCUGGGCGAAAGUCAACCUGCCCGGGGCGGGGAGUGUGUCCGAUCGUCUGGACGCCGCACUGAUCACGGACCAGAUGAGGGUAGCGGUGCUGGGGAGGAAGCUGGCCGUGAAAGUCAACAUAGAUGAACAAGAGUACAUCUCCGUACGGAAACGGCUCCGGAAAUGCACGACUUCUGCCUUGCCGGUAAACAUCUGCAGCUUGUCCAAACUGUGGAUGAUGCACGUCAGAAACAACGCCAUCUGCCGCCUCCCUGCAGAACUGCACCGCCUGGCCAACCUCCAAGUCAUCGACGUAUCGGGAAACCCGUUAGAUUUCCCGCCGGUUGAAGUCUGUGGUAAGGGGCUGUCUGCCAUCAUGGGCUUCCUGCGUGACCACGCUUUUCCAGAGAACAAAAUGGCGGGGAAAUAUGGUCAACUGAUGGGUCUAGCAGCGGUGAUCUUUUUCACAGUAUCCCUCGUCAAGGAGACGGAAGGACUCCGUCUUCCUCGGAUGGACAACGUCGGGUCAUAUGACCUGUUUCUGAAGUCUGAUCAGAACCGUGAUCUUGGGGCAGGUGGGGAGGGGGGCAUGGCUGACCCUGAGAUGUACGAUGUGGAAGACUUCCCCAUCAUGGAGCGUCGCCGACCGUGCAAUGGCUACUUGUGCUGCCUGGCUAUGUGCGCCCGGCACAUGUUCAGCAUGCACCCCGUCAUCAAGAACGGGCAGUGCUACUGCUCCUCCUAGCGACUCUGUAGUAAGCUGCAGAGCGGGAUCCAGAAUAUAUCACCAUGAGAAGCAGUAGUGUGAAUUGUUCUGUGAAAUGUCCCAGAUUAAGUUGUAAUCAAUAAUGUCUUUCACCGAUAUAGAACAAAACUUCAAAGAGUGGCAGGAAUUCACAACAUAUUCUCAGU